GGGAGGGAAAGUCGGAUGGUUUGUGAAGUUACAGGCACAGUUUGGAAUUAUUGGAAAGUUUACCUCGGUAUAAAUCGCCGGGUCGUGUUCGGGGACCUACCUUGAGCUACUUCCGAAGAUACUUGUAGAAGUUAGCGGCUGUACUCUCCACUGUGCAGUGGAAGUAGCGAGUUUGUUUUGAUUUGGCCACAGGCAAGCAUGGAGGCAUUGUAGACUGGUAAGCCGGAGCUACCGACUUUCAGGGAAGUUCGGAAACACUGGAAAAUCGGCACUUCAGCAUCCGCCUUUGACAUCCUGCGCUGACGGAAUCUUAGGGAUUGUCUCACUAUUCUAAAUAUCCAUUUUCUGGCACCAAGAUGGAUGGGCUGGUGAGUUAGUUGUGAAAGUGUUGCCCUAAGGGUAGACAGAACUCAAGGUCACCCGGAGUUCUCUGGCUGGCCAAUCAUGGAGAAGGUAGAGAACAACAAGAGGUCUGCCUCGCCAGAAGACAAUGACCAAAUGGUGAAGCGGUUGUGUCCAGAAAAUGAAGGCAUAGAGAAUUCUCCCAGCCAGAGCAGGUGCUUAGACUUACCGCCGCUAUCCAGUCCGGGCAGCCCCGCUUGACAGCGGGAGUAACUCCCCUUUGUCACAAGCACAUUCGGUCUUGGAUUCGGCAUCGCUUAGUUUGACACCUAAUGGCACAUCAGAAGGUGACCUGGUGUUGUCAACUCCUGGAGACACCAGUUCAUUCAACAACACAAACUGGGUAAUGUCCAAUGUCAACUCUGCCAUUCAAAUCAAAACUGAACCAGGCACAGAGAACAGUUCCUCUGGGUCACCAUUUGCUGUACCCCCAGCAACAGGGGAAGCGGAGAAUCUAGAGAAUUUUUCAGACCCGACCACCACUUCCUCAGCCAGUUACACAGGCUCUGAUUUGACAGCUGUAUAUAGCGGAAACAAUAUGCAAACCUACCCGUCAAAUACCAUGACAGCCAGCCAGAAUGCGGGAUCCUUUGCCCUGUCCAAUCCUGCAAUGUAUGGCUAUGGACCCCAGGCAGCACAGAGUCCUUACGUAUUACCCUAUUCCACAGAAUCAGUUAAAAUAAAUAAGGGGAAUAGUCAGAUGUGGAAUUAUGGGCAAAGUCCACAAACUUACUACAAUCCAUCAUUUAAUACUGGGUCAGCCUCUGGAUCCUCAGGGUAUCCGUCUCAACAGUGCGUGGAUGGAUUCAGUACAUAUCCUUACACCCAGGGAACGGCUUAUCCCCCGAACUACUACCCCUACAUGACGACAACGUCAGGGGGUGUGGCUUCUGCCCAGACAACAGUGCCUUCUACACAGACCUAUCAGCUUCAGGACAUCCCACCCUCGGUAACGACCGUUGAUUCCUCUCAUUCAACCAAUCAUCUGAUCCAUAUGCAUGGUCGAGCUGUUCAAAGUUUGCAGCAUGUUCUACAAGCUAACCACCGCCUGCCCCCAACAGAUUCUAAUUUGCAUAUAUCAGCUGAUAACCAAUUUCCAUCAAUACCCAGUAGCCCAUCGCCUACAGCUCUGAAAUCAGAAACAAACGGAAAUACUAAAAGAAGAAGCGCAGGUAGAGGCCGUCGUCAGAAUAACCCUUCCCCUGGUCCCGAGUCUGACCUUGAGAGGGUGUUUGUCUGGGACUUAGAUGAAACCAUUAUCAUAUUCCACUCAUUAUUAACCGGUUCCUAUGCUCAACGCUAUAAUAAGGAUCCUCCUGCCUCAGUAUCUCUGGGACUUAGGAAAGAAGAGAUGAUAUUUAAUUUAGCAGAUUUACAUCUCUUCUUCAAUGAUUUAGAGGAAUGUGAUCAGGUUCAUAUUGAUGAUGUGUCCUCAGAUGAUAAUGGUCAGGAUCUAAGCACGUACAACUUUGCCUCGGACGGCUUUCACGCAGCGGCCAACAAUGCCAACUUGUGCCUAGCAACAGGUGUGCGUGGGGGUGUGGACUGGAUGAGGAAAUUGGCGUUUAGGUACCGAAGGAUAAAGGAAAUCUACAAUAGUUAUAGGAAUAAUGUAGGAGGGUUACUGGGUCCACAAAAACGAGAACAGUGGUUGCAACUACGUCAGGAGAUCGAGGGACUGACCGACAACUGGCUGACCCUGGCUCUCAAGUCGCUCUCCAUCAUAAACUCAAGGUCUAACUGUGUGAAUGUACUAGUCACCACCACACAGCUGGUCCCUGCCCUGGCCAAGGUCCUGCUCUAUGGGCUGGGCGGAGUCUUCUCCAUAGAGAAUAUCUACAGUGCAACAAAAAUAGGGAAGGAAAGUUGUUUUGAGCGAAUUGUGUCACGGUUUGGCAGGAAAUGCACCUAUGUUGUCGUAGGUGAUGGCAGAGACGAGGAGGCUGCGGCAAAACAGAUGAACUGGCCUUUUUGGAGGGUGUCCAAUCAUUCCGAUUUGGCAGCGCUGCACCAUGCCCUGGACCUGAACUACCUGUAGUGAAGCCAGCCUAGGGGGCGACUCCACAUGCAGCCUCAUCGUAGUGGCUAGAGACAUUGACAAGGGGUUACACCUGAUUCCGCUGUGUGAUAGCCGAUCAGCUGUCCAGACCUGAGAUGGGGAGGAUAGAGCUUGUGUGGUUCCUUUUGUUUUCCACAGCAGAAAACUGACUGCAGGUGUGAGGCAGGGAGCCUCGCUCGCACCUCCCCUAUUUAACUCACAAAAAUUACCAUUAUCAUUCUGGAAUCUUCUAUACUCACCCAGUGGACCUCAAGGGCCACGUGUACAUAGCCUUUCAUAGUGUCAGCUCGUGUGUGUACUGACCAGCCCGGGGACGAUGAACGGUCCUGAGGGGAUCCACUGGUUUGUUUCCAUUUGACGUGCCAAGGUGGUGUGACCCUCUGGAUCUGUGACCUUCUCAGGCUGGGCCUGGGGGAUGUGUUCUGAGAUGUGGCCUGGGAUGCUGUUAUAACCUCUAUUGUAUACAUAAUAUAGAUAUAUCCUUCGUUCUGUAUUAUCAGUAUGUUACUCCACCGUACCGCCUAUCACCCAAAAUCAUUCCUACUCGUGCUGAAUGACGACGAUGAUGACAUCCCCUCCCCCAGUCUUGGUGCUGGUGAUGCAGCAUCCAAGGUUGAGUAUUGGCCAGACUUACAAAACAAAAGGCUAAUAAUUGGUGGGACUUGACUGUGCUCUGUGAACUCAACUUCAUAAUAGUCGUCGUACGUCUCUCGCAGUAUUACGCCAACCGCUUCUGACAUGCCACGGAGGAGGACAAACAAAAUUUGCGGAACGAAAAUGAAAGAACAAGGCUUGAUUGGACAGUUAAAAACUGACGCUGCAAGCAAGAGUCCAGAUACCGUAAAUGACUGGAGUAUGGUCAUAUGCAUAUACAUAUAUAUACAUA